AUGAGAGCCUUGAAGCCUGAAUCAGGCAUUUAUCGCCCCGCCCACACCAUCGAAAAUUACAAACCUCAAUCGAAGAACAACAGUGAAGACUCAUCAUCCACGACCUUCGCAACUCAUCCAAAAUUAUUUACGGCGGAAGUGGUGAUUGCAAGCGUCAAUCGGUCCUGGGUCAAUCUUCGCACCCAGAAGCGUCUUGCCGCCUCAGUCGUCGGCUGCGGCAAGCGCAAGAUCUGGCUUGACCCAAGCGAGCAGAAUGAGAUUGCAAAUGCCAACUCGCGCCAGACCAUCCGCAAGCUCAUCAAGGAUGGCCUCAUCAUCCGUAAGCCAGUCACCAUGCACUCCCGUGCCCGCGCCCGAGAACUGAACGCUGCACGACGGAUCGGCAGACACCGUGGCUUCGGUAAGAGGAAGGGUUCCAAGGAUGCUAGAAUGCCAAGCCAAGUUCUAUGGAUGCGUCGUCUACGAGUUCUCCGCCGCCUUCUAGUCAAGUAUCGCGCCAGCGGCAAGAUCGACAAGCACCUCUACCACGAACUGUACCACCUUUCUAAGGGUAACACCUUCAAGCACAAGCGUGCCCUCGUCGAACAUAUCCACAAGGCCAAGGCUGAGAAGCUACGUGAGAAGGUUCUCAAGGACGAAAUGGACGCCAAGCGUGCUAAGACUAAGGCUGCCCGUGAGAGGAGAAACGAGCGUGUCCAGCAGAAGAGACUGGCGCUGGAUGCCGAGGAGGCCAAGGCCUAA